GGCAAAUGUUAUUUGUCAAGUAAUGUACUGGGUGCUGCAAAUGCCCUCUUGCAGCUAAAUCUAGUGGGAAGAUUGAUUAAAGAAGUAAUUACAGGAAAGUGAGUAAGGGUUAAUAAAGGAUAGAAAUGUGAGAACAGACAGUGAGCAUUUUGUAAAGUCUAGAGUAUAAAGGGCAAUGUCUUGGAGCUUCUCCGAGGAAGAGAAAAGCAUCGUGGGUGGGUGAUCUUGUGUGUAAAGUCCUGGAAUGAAGAAAAAACCUGAAGGAUUUGAAAACCUGAAAGAAGUUCAUUUCUGCUGGCAGGAAGAGGGGGUUCAUUUCUGUGUGGCACGAAAUGAAACUUGAACAAAAUGGCACAAAGUCUCUUGAAGACACCACCUAUGCCUGUAAGGACAAAAUUGCUACAUCACAUAGGAUUGUCACUUUAUAAUACCUCUCAUGGCUUCAAUGAGGAAGAGGUGAAAAAAAAACUUCAGCAGUUCAGUGGUGGAUCCGUUGACCUUCAGAAGGAAGACAAUGGCAUUGGCAUUCUUACUCUGAACAACCCAAGUAAAAUGAAUGCCUUCUCAGGCGUUAUGAUGCUACAACUUUUGGAAAAAGUGCUUGAAUUGGAAAAUUGGACAGAGGGGAAAGGUCUCAUUGUCCGCGGGGCAAAAAAUACUUUCUCCUCAGGAUCUGAUCUAAAUGCUGUGAAAGCACUGGGAACUCCAGAGGAUGGAAUGGCCUUAUGCAUGUUCAUGCAAAACACCUUAACAAGAUUUGUGAGACUUCCUUUAAUAAGUGUUGCACUUGUUCAAGGUCGGGCAUUGGGCGGAGGAGCAGAAAUUACUACAGCAUGUGAUUUCAGGUUAAUGACUGCGGACAGUGAGAUCAGAUUUGUCCACAAGGAGAUGGGUAUAAUACCAAGCUGGGGCGGUGCAACCCGGCUGGUUGAAAUAAUCGGCAGUAGACAGGCUCUCAAAGUGUUAAGUGGGGCCCUUAAACUGGAUUCAAAAAAAGCUUUACACAUAGGAAUGGUUGAAGAGAUCUUGCAGUCUUCAGAUGAAACUGAAUGUCUCAAAGAGGCACGAGAAUGGCUACAGCAGUUUACCAAAGGGCCACCAGAAGUAAUCAGAGCUUUGAAAAAAUCUGUUUCUUCAGUCAAAGAGCUUUGUUUCGAGGAGGCAUUACAGACUGAAAGAGAUCUCUUAGGAACAGUCUGGGGUGGACCUGCAAAUUUAGAGGCUAUUGCUAGGAAAGGAAAAUUUAAUAAAUAGUUUUUUAAAAAAUGAUGUACUACAAGUAAAACUCUCAGAUUAAUAUGUACAAAAGUUAAAUGAUAUUAAAUAUCAAUGUCAGAAGUACUUUGAAGGCUGUUUGUAUUUGGGUUUGUUUUUUAAUAAGUGAGUACCUGCACUCACUGGUCUAGUUUUCAGUAUAUCUGGGUAUUUAUCAAGUAAUCUGGAACACGUGGCUAAAAUAUACACCACUUUUGGGUUGAAAAUUAUAAUCAAUUCCCAGGUUCCCAAAAUAGCUCUUAGGCUCUAACCAAAGACCGAUUUUUGAAAGGAAAAACUACUACUUCUGGUGGUAUUUAUCAUAAAGUCUCUGUUUUUGUCUUAGGAGAUAAUUUACAAAAAUAACUUAAUGAAACUUAUAGAACAAAAGUGGAGAGGUCAGGGGACAGGAAGAUAUGCAAAGGUAUCAGCAAUCCUUUUCUUCUGCUCCAAACACCUGGAGUAAAGAAGUCAUGGGGAAUUGGCUCUUCUUUUAAAUAAAGAUGCUCUUGACCUCACUCCCCUACAAAUUUCAACCUUACUUUAAAUUAUCUACUAAACAAUGAUAGCCACCAUAUGGAAAGUCUACUAACUCUACAAAAUUGGCCAGUCCCUUUGUGUAUUCCAGAAUUCCCAAACUAAUAUACUUUUGCAUUUUAUACCAAAUUUCUACUUUUGUUUCUGGAAAACUAGCUAACCCUUUUCUUCUUUUGUAACUAGCUAUCUUUUAAAAGUAAAUUUAAUAAAAAUACACAACUGAAACUUUUAUGAUCACCUCAGUAAUACAGGCUUUAUAAAAGUAAGUCAAAGAAUUAAGUCCUACUUCUAAUGUAUCACAAGAAGUAAAAGAUAAUUUUUAAAGUAGAAAGUUUUUGCUAUUGUAACAAUUCAGAUUUGAAAAUCAUAUUAAAAAUAAUUUGCAUAUGCUUCA